AAUAGAAGCGCGCCUCGGUGCUCCCCAGUCAAGAAAUGACCGAGUCUCUUCGCACCGGCACCAGCUAUCACGCAUCGGCUCCAUCACUUCACGGCUUCGAACUCAUAGCUUCCAGGACCCGCCAGGAAUUAUUCAGAUCCCUUUGAUAACCACUCCCUGCGAACUCUGCACACUGCUUCUCCAUCUGCAGCACAGUGGGAGGUCCCAAACAACCUCAUAAGGCCUCUGGCGUGAGGUUGUUCCGUGGGAAGCCGGGAGAGAUGAAGACAUGUCUUGUGUUUAUUGCAGCUCUGCUGUUGCCCACCAUCCAAUCACUGUGUCCUGACAAAGAGCCAGGGCUGAGGCCAUGGAUGCCAGGACAUAGCAAACAUCAUCGAGUUGUCAUCAGUUAUGGCAGGAAAGUUCUCCUCACAACAUCUGCUACGGUGCACUCUAUUGAGAUUUUAAACGGAGGGAAACUGGUGAUUGCUGACACCAAACGGCCCAUACUCCUACGGACAAAACACAUUCUUAUUGGGAACAAAGGGGAACUGCACAUUGGAAGUCCAGACUGUCCUUACAAGGGCAACCUUACCAUUUCUUUGUUUGGAAGGUCAGAUGACACUGAUCAGGAGCACAGCUACUUUGGCCGCAAAUACAUUGGUGUGGGAACUGGUGGAACAUUGGAGAUCCAUGGGGCCAAAAAGUUAUCAUGGACUUUCCUGAAUAAAACCUUGCACCCUGGAGAAAGCAAUCAAAAUCACUACCUGUUGGAGAGAAGCUGGGGGAACCGAGGUAUUAUUGUCCAUGUAAUUGAUCCCAAGACUGGAGAGGUACUGAGUGAUGACAGGUUUGACACAUAUCGUAGCAAGGAUGAAAGCAUUCGCCUUGCAAAGUUUUUAAAUGGUGUGGAGACAGGUCUCAUUGUAGCCAUGGUGGUCAAUGAUGAGGGCUCCAACAACUUGGAAGAUUCUGCCAAAAAGAGCAUUUCCAAGCUUGGCAGUCGGCACAUCAGCAGUUUGGGAUUCAGACAUCCAUGGUCUUUCAUAGCUGUGAAAGGAAACCCAUCUUCUGCUGUAGAAGAUCAUGCUCUUUAUCAAGGGACCAAAGCCUCCUCGGAAGCCAGAAGCUCUCGUGUUUUUCAGUUGAGUUUUGCAGAGCAUUUCACCAUAACAGCCAGCAGCCAGUGGGUGCAAGAGGCUGAGUGGACUGAAUGGUUUGAUAGGGAUGAUGAGAGAGGAUCCGGUGACUGGGAGAAGUUGACAGAUCUGCGUGAAGCCUACCCUGAUCGUCUGUGUAAGAGUCCACUUGACAUUCAGGCAGAAACCCAUGACGGUGUACCGUCUAAUCAAACAGGGGAUAUGAUCCACAAAAUGGACAAAGAUUAUGGCUUUGUCUGCCGCAACAAAGACCAAACUCAUGGCCUUUGUCACAACUACAGAGUUCGCUUCCUAUGCGGAAAACUUGUUCGUCCUCAGGCUUCAAUUUCCAUCGACAUGUUGUCCAACAGCACAAUUCUGGAGCUUGCAGACGAACCAGUGGGUUGGCAACCUGGUGACCGGGUAGUGGUGGCCAGCACUGACUAUUCCAUGCAUCAGACUGAAGGCUUUGGCCUAAUUCCUUGCCCAGCUUGCACACCUAAUCAAGUCAAGGUUCAAGGUAAAGCCGAGUAUAUACACAUGGGUGAAGAGGUUGAUGGGGUGGAUAUGAGAGCUGAGGUUGGCCUACUGAGUCGUAACAUCCUAGUACGCGGUGAGAUGGAGCCCAGCUGUUAUGGAAAUGAAGCCUGCAAAUUCUUUGACUUUGAUACCUUUGGAGGACAUUUGAAGGUGGAGCGAGGUUUCAAAGCCGCACAUAUAUCUGGUGUGGAGCUCCAGAACAUGGGCCAACAAACAAUGGGACAUUAUCCAGUCCACUUUCAUAUGAAUGGGGAAGUGGAUGAGAUGGGAGGCUACAAUCCCCCCACCUAUGUCAGCGAUCUCUCAAUCCACCACUCAUUCUCUCGCUGCGUUACCAUCCACAGCACCAAUGGACUUCUGGUAAAAGACGUAGUGGGCUAUGACACGCUGGGCCAUUGUUUCUUUACAGAGGACGGGCCAGAGGAGAGAAAUACAUUUGAUCACUGUUUGGGCCUCAUGGUCCGAGCUGGCACUCUCCUCCCUUCAGACAGGGACAGUAAAAUGUGCCGCGACAUCACAGACGGAGCGUACCCAGGAUAUGUAGCCAACCCACGGCAAGACUGCAGUGCAACUUCCACUUUCUGGAUUGCCAACCCAAAUAACAACCUUAUCAACUGUGCAGCUGCAGGCUCAGAGGAAACAGGAUUCUGGUUUAUCUUCCACCAUGUACCCACUGGACCAUCUGAGGGGCUGUACUCACCUGGAAAAACAGAACUUACGCCUAUGGGUCAGUUCAUCAACAACAGAGCUCAUUCCAACUACAGGGCUGGAUUCAUGCUAGAUAAUGGAGUCAAGACCACUCAGGCAAAUGACAAGGACAAGAGACCUUUCUUAUCACUGGUUGGAGCCAGGUAUGGACCUCACCAGGACGCUGACCCUUUAAAACCCAGAGUCCCAGCUCACAUUAACCGUUUUGUAGCUUACAAAAACCAGGACCAUGGAGCUUGGUUGAGAGGAGGAGAUAUCUGGCUGGAUGACUGCCAAUUUGCAGAUAACGGCAUUGGCCUAACUCUAGCAAGUGGAGGAACGUUUCCAGAUGAUGAUGGUUCUCGUCAGCAGGUGAAGAAUUCACUAUUUGUGGGGGAAAGUGACAAUCAUGGGAUGCAACUCCCUGAUAACAGUAUCUGGGGCCCGGGGGGUGAAGACCUCACUGGCAGGACCCUCCCGCGUGGCAUUGAUUUCCCUAUUCGGGGCAUGCAGAUCUACGACGGGCCCAUCAAUGUGCAAAACUGUACAUUUCGUAAAUACACAGCUCUGGAGGGACGCCACAGCAGUGCUUUUGGUUUUAGGCUUAACAACUCAUGGCAAAGCUGCCCCAACAAUAACGUGACAGACAUCACCUUUGACCACGUACCUAUCACAUCACGUGUGUUUUUCGGGGAGCCUGGUCCUUGGUUUAAUAAGAUGCAGAUGGAUGGGGACAAGACCACUAUAUUCCAUGACAUUGAUGGUUCAGUCAGUGAGUAUCCCGGAGCUUACCUGGUGAAGGAAGACAACUGGCUGCUCAGACACCCUGAGUGCAUUGAUGUGCCUGACUGGAGGGCUGCCAUCUGCAGUGGGCACUACGCACAGAUCUACAUCCAGACACGUAAUCCUGCCAACCUCAACAUGCAAAUAGUAAGAAAUGAGUACCCUGACCAUCCCUUGGAAUUAGAGGGAGCGUUGGGAAAGAGGAAACACUACCAGCAGUUCCAACCAGUCAUCACAUUGGCAAAGGGCUACACCAUCCACUGGGACCAGGCUGCACCUACUGAGGUUACCAUCUGGCUUAUUAACUUCAAUAAAAAGGACUGGAUCGAUGUGGGUGUGUGCUACCCACAAGGCACCACUUUUGUAGUCAUCUCAGACAUCCACAAUCGCCUGACCAAACAGACCCGCAAGACAGGAGUCUUCAUGAGAACCAUGCAGAUGGAGAAGAUCAAUCACUCACACCUGACAAAAAGCUAUUACUACUGGGAGGAAGACACAGGGCUGCUCUUCUUAAAAGUUCAGGCUCAUAACGACAGGGAACAGUAUGCUUUCUGCUCCCUCAAAGGAUGUGAGAGGGUCAAAAUAACAGCUGUCAUCCCAAAAGGCAGUGCACCCAGCAACUGCAUGUCUCGGGCAUACCCAAAACACGCUGAGCUACCUGUUGUAGAUGUUCCCAUGCCCAAAAAGAUCCCAAAUGACCGAAUGCACUCACCAGAGCACUUACUGGAAGUCAAACUAGAAUCUUAUAACACUCGGUUCUUCCACAUCAAAGAGGACUUCGCUUUUACUGAGGUGAAUGGCAGAAAAUUGUACCAACCAGAAGAUGGCGUGCAGCUGACCGUAAUUGAUGGGCAGAAUGGGAAGGUGGUGGACAGCAAAGGCUUCAGGAACUCCAUCCUCCAGGGUGUUCCUGCACAAAUAAACAACUAUAUCAGUGGCCUACAAGAUGGUUCAGUUGUUCUCCUGACAUCAAAAGGCCGUCUGGUUACGAGAGGACCAUGGACCAAAGUAUUAGAACGACUUGGAGUAGACUCGGGCAAGCAACUGAAAGAUAAGUUGGCAUUUGUAGGCUUCAAAGGCACGUUCCACCCUGACUGGAUUCGAUUGGAAGUGGACCCAAACAGAGCCAAGAUCCACCAGGUUCUGCCAAUCCCGGUGGUCCACAAGUUGAAGCUAUGAGUGACAAGGAGGACAACAAAGAAGCUAUGUGGCUGCAAUAUGAUGACACACAUACUCAUUUAUACACUAUACAUCAUACACUGACUGCAGACUUGUUCCGAGCAACUGGUCCAAGUCCAAGUGGUGUGUUUUUGAAGAAUUGUGUGGUUGGGUGUGUUGAGAAUGAGAAGCAUUGUCCACAAUGAAUCUCAGACAACCUCAUUAGCAGACGGCUUAAACUUGACCGCAGCUGCUUUUGAAGUAUGGCUGACUCCUCAAACACUAAUGGGCGGGUUCGUGACUGCACUUAUGUUUUACCAUGAGCACAGGUCUAUUGUCAUAUGUACAGAAGAAACCAUGUUUCCUUGUGCAAUGAAAUACUAUCAUUUGGCUUGUAUUGAUAAAGCGUGGGUUGUAGCAUAAGGUAAUUUUUCCUUUGUUGUUUUGUAAACCUAAGCUAAUAAAUCCCAUCAUAGCCCGUAAUGUUCAUACAGCAGCAGACAUUUUAAAGGUUCCAUGAAAUACUGCAGCAAGUGACUUUAAAAUGAUAGCAGAGCAUAUUUUGGACACAAAUCCAUCCAAAAUAAGUGAUCGAAAAGGCUUAAUACUUCAAUUAUAUUCACUAAAAGUUCUAGAAACAAGAUGUCACUGAGUUUGGAGUCUGCUAGCAUGCUAUUCAUUGGCCGUUCUGUCAUUCUGUCAACAUGUGCUAGCUACCGCAGUGCUAGGAAGCUAGACAUGAUCGUCAAUUCUAGGGUUGAUGUCACAACCAGAAUUGCUGGGAAGAAAAGGGCAUUCCCUGACACAUUGUUUAAGGAAUAAUUAUAAAAUGAUAAAAAGCCACAUUUACAUGAUUACGUUAGUGCAGUCGUUUUCAUUUUUAAACAUGGUCACCAUUUUAUUGCACCUUUAAGUGUCUAAAAUGUCUAGCUCAAUUGAAACCUAAACCUGUCCAGGAGCUAGACAUUCAAAGUUUAUUUUCCUCAAGUUGAAUAUUACAGAGAAAGAGAAAACAUCUAUAUUAAGCACAUGUAAUUCUAAUUUUAAAGUUAGUUAUCCGCUGGGUUUGCUUCUUGGUUGUUUCUUGUUUGCAAAUUUUUGGUAUACUUCUGCUUCGUUGGCCAGAUGGCUAACAAAGCCUGGGAAACAAAACACUGCUUUUCCUACGUUGAGCACUAUGGUUUUAUCAUUGCUGCACUAAACAAUCAUCUCGGUGUUUUCCAGUUCCAAGAAUUAAGGACACAAGUAAAUGUUAUAUGCUAAAAAAGAAAUUACUAUAGAGAUAGGUCAGUUUCUGUAUGUUUAGGAAAUUGAAAAAGCCAUUGACAUAUUGUGUAAAUUGAACGUGCAACAUCUGCAUCUGUAUGAAAAUGAUAUUCCAGAUUUCUGUUGAACUAGGGUGGAAAAUGUUAGUAUGUUCCUUAGUAGCAUUCAACACAUGGUUGUGUGUUCUUGUGCUUGUUAUACAUCUCUCUACUUUUAAAGGUGCACAAUGUACAGUAAGAUUUGCACUUUAAUUAUUCAUGAAAUGUCCAUACUCCAAUAGACAUUAAAGAAACAUGUUUUUGGGGAAUACUUUUGAAAUGGAUCUCAACGGCUAAGCAGAGAUUUUUCCCAUUUUAAAAGGCGAUGUACGCGUCGCAAAUUUGUUUCUGUUUAGCUUCCGUGUUCAUCAUCAGCCAAUCACAGUCUUUGCCUGGAUUACCACAACUCUAUAUGCCCCGUAAACAGGCUGUGCCAACUUUGACAAGCAGUCUGAAUUAUGUCUACACUGUGAGGCGAAAAAAACAAUAGUUAUGAAUCUCAAAGCAGAGUUGCCAGUGUUAGUGAAACAUUUCUACCAGAGCGUUCUCGUUUUAACAUAUUGCCAGCUCGUUUAAACGUAAUGACAUAUCGUUUCAACCUAUUGCUAACCUCGUUUUAACGUUGUGCCAACCUCGUUUCAACGAUUAGUUAGUUGGGGUGUGACCGUCAGAACCUUGCGAUGCGAUAUAAUUUGCAAUGCAAGGCUCCCGAUAACGAUCUUACGAUAUGGCAAUACAAAAAUUAUCGAUACAAUGGUCAGGAAUUCAUUGUACGAUACAAUGAAUAAACAGAAAAACAUGCCAAUUCUGUCUUUCUGUGAACUGGAAUGGGUUUAUCACUAAUAGUGUCAUCCGGCAAAUUAUUGUACUAACUCCAUUUAUGUCCAGCUCGGAUCUUUUCCAUCCAUUCAAAAGUGAGAUAAUUUGCCAGAUGACACUAAAUGACAUCUGUUAUGAGCAUUAGUUAAUGCUCAUGACAGUGUCGUGUCAUAAUUAUGGUUGUCUAAUGAUAGUCUUGAGGCACCACUGUCAAAUAAAGUGUUACCAAAUACCAUAACUAGCAAUUAAUGAAACAACUAGAACAUGAACUGAAGAAAUAAUUAGCACAGAACAUGAAUUUUGAUUAUUUACAUCUGUAGCGCUGCAAUGCAUGCUAGGAGGCAUGUUUGGCAACUACAGUUUUGACAGCAGGUGGCAGAAGAGGUUGACUGUAUCCCCCAAGGGAGGCCAAAUGAAGGUUCUUGAAGCAAUGAAGCUUUGCAACCAAUUGGUUCAAAGCUUCAUGGUGGUUCAUUUGGUCUUAUGACGGUCGUAUGGUGCUGCUGUCAAACAAAGUGUUACCGGUUAAUAUCUUUUGGUGUAAUCCCAUAAUAUAGUGAGGACAGCUGUGGCCUAUAGUCCAUUGCGGCUUAUCUAUGAACAAAUGCCAUUUUUGUGUCACAUUUGGUGGGUGGUGGCUUAUAGUCAGGUGCGCCUUGUAGUGCGAAAAGUAUGGUAUAUUCUGCAGAGGACUGGUCGCUUGUCACUUCUUUUCCUGCAGGUUCUCCUAUGUGACGCGAAAUUUUGGCAACCUGAAGGGGGGAGGGCAUUUUGUGCUAGUCAAUAUUUUGAUCUAAUUGCAGUACCAUUUUUGGCCAUCAACUCUAUAUUGUGCACCUUUAAUUUUAAACCAUCAAAAGGCCUGCUAUUAAAAAAAUGAUCCACUUAAAUUUUUAUGGGUGUAAUUUUCCCAUUUAAAAGUCCUACAGAAACCAAUUUGAAAUUGACCCCUCCCUUUGCCGAAAUAGCUGGUCUUUUUUCGGAGGGUGUAGGAGUUAUUUAGUGUUUUGUAUGUUUGAUGUUUUUGAAAAUCCACAGAAAAGACAUAUUUUAUACUUAUUUAUUGUACAGACUCCACCAAUCCAAAUCUGCAAGGGACAUCAUCUAAUAACGCCAUCUUCCAACCUCCUGUAAACAUGUCUAUGAAUGUCCACUGUCAAGAAAAUGGAUGUGUUGUAAAUGUGAUUUGAGUUUGUAAACUGAAAAAGAGUCUUUUCAGACCUUUGUACAGAAAUAAAGAAUGCUGA